GACACAGCCAAAGAACUGAGCAAUAUCAGGUAUUGAUGUAGCUGGAGUGAAUAAGGGAACCUUCUUCCUGAGUACAGACAUUGGAGCCUGUUAUCAGCAUGAACUCAUAUGUGUUAGACAAACACAUGAAUAGUUCAUAUCCAUCCUUCACUAUAGGAAGCAUGAGAAUGAUACCGCAAACUCUAAAAGUCUUAGACACUAAUGACUAUUCACAAACAUUGGGGAUAUCACAGCAGAUAUUUAAAGAAGAUGGUGAAUUGGCAGGAACUGUGAAGCAAUCAUUAUGUACAGAGAGUAAUUUAGUAAUCAAACAAGAGGACAACAUUUAUGAGUUAUCUAGUGAAAUUAUUAUCCCAGAGGAUACACCACACACAUUUACUGAGUUUUCAAAACAUAUUAAAGAAGGGAAAAGUCUACAGUCUAGCCAAAUGAUUCAUACAAAGGAGAAAUAUUUCAAAUCUACAAAAUGUCAGAAAAGCUUUAGAUGGGAGUCUCCUCUACUAGAACACUACAGAAUUCACACAGGUGAGAAACCACACACAUGUCCUGAGUGCGGCAAAUGUUUUACACAAAUGGAUCAUCUGAAAACUCAUAUAAAGAUUCACACAGGAGAAAAGCCGUUCACAUGUAUGGAGUGUGGAAAACGUUUUACACAAAAGAGUAAUCUGAAAAAGCAUAAAAGGAGUCACACAGGAGAAAAGCCUUUCACAUGUACAGUGUGUGGAAAAAGUUUUACACGUAUGAAUAAUCUGAAAACUCAUGAAAAGAUUCAUACAGGAGAAAAGCCUUUCACAUGUACAGAGUGUGGAAAAAGUUUUACACACAAGAGUGAUCUGAAAAAGCAUGAAAGGAUUCACACAGGAGAAAAGCCUUUCACAUGUAAAGAGUGUGGAAAACGUUUUACACAUAUGAAUAAUCUGAAAACUCAUGAAAGGAUUCACACAGGAGAAAAACCUUUCACAUGUGCAGAGUGUGGAAAAAGUUGUACACACAAGAGUGAUCUGAAAAUUCAUGAAAGGAUUCACACAGGAGAAAAGCCUUUCACAUGUACAGAGUGUGGAAAAAGUUUUACAGAAAAGAGUAGUCUGAAAAUUCAUGAAAGGAUUCACACAGGAGAAAAGCCUUUCACAUGUACAGAUUGUGGAAAAAGUUUUACAGAAAAGAGUAGUCUGAAAAUUCAUGAAAGGAUUCACACAGGAGAAAAGCCUUUCACAUGUACAGAGUGUGGAAAAAGUUUUACACGUAUGAACAAUCUGAAAACUCAUGAAAGGAGUCACACAGGAGAAAAGCCUUUCACAUGUACAGAGUGUGGAAAAAGUUUUACACAUAUGAACAAUCUGAAAACUCAUGAAAGGAGUCACACAGGAGAAAAGCCUUUCACAUGUACAGAGUGUGGAAAAAGUUUUCCACACAAGAAUGAUCUGAAAACUCAUGAAAGGAAUCACACAGGAGAAAAGCCUUUCACAUGUACAGAGUGUGGAAAAAGUUUUACAGAAAAGAGUAGUCUGAAAACUCAUGAAAGGAGUCACACAGGAGAAAAGCCUUUCACAUGUACAGAGUGUGGAAAAAGUUUUACACAUAUGAAUCAUCUGAAAACUCAUGAAAGGAAUCACACAGGAGAAAAGCCUUUCACAUGUACAGAGUGUGGAAAAAGUUUUACAGAAAAGAGUAGUCUGAAAACUCAUGAAAGGAUUCACACAGGAGAAAAGCCUUUCACAUGUACAGAGUGUGGAAAAAGUUUUACACGUAUGAACAAUCUGAAAACUCAUGAAAGGAGUCACACAGGAGAAAAGCCUUUCACAUGUACAGAGUGUGGAAAAAGUUUUUCACAUAUGAACAAUCUGAAAACUCAUGAAAGGAGUCACACAGGAGAAAAGCCUUUCACAUGUACAGAGUGUGGAAAAAGUUUUACACAAAAUAGUAGUCUGAAAAAGCAUGAAAUGAGUCACACAGGAGAAAAGCCUUUCACAUGUACAGAGUGUGGAAAAAGUUUUACACAUAUAUAUUGUCUGAAAAUUCAUGAAAGGAUUCACACAGGAGAAAAGCCUUUCACAUGUACAGAGUGUGGAAAAAGUUUUACACAAAAGAGUCAUCUGAAAAAGCAUGAAAGGAGUCACACAGGAGAAAGCGUUUCACAUGUACAGAGUGUGGAAAAAGUUUUACACAUAUAAAUUGUCUGAGAACUCAUGAAAUAAUUCACAAGGGAAGAAACCUUUCACAUGUUUAUAAAGUAGAAAAAAGGUUUUCCAUUUAAAGGGGAGGAGAGUCCUCGACUUCAUUCAUUACUAGUGGGAAUU